AUGACUAUUUCCUGUGCCAGGCGAAGUUACGGUGAAAAAUUACAGUUGUAUAAUGUGAGCAAAUCGCACAGUUGGAAGACGAAGGAGGCUAAUGCUGAUCCAUCGUGGGGCUCUUGUUUUCAGAGUUCUUUAUUCUUCUGCGAAACGUAUGUCGUCCUCUUGAUCACUUUCACAUUAUAUGGGAGGAAAACAGUCCCAUUGGUUGUUGCUAAUGCGGUUACACUGGCGGAGAACAUGAACAUAUCCUCCAUCGCCUCAUUUCAUAGUGGUAGAGUUUUGCAGUCAAAUGGAUAUCUGACUGCAAAGCAAAAAUGCCAGUUAACUAGCUUCACCUCAACUUUGAUGAAUCCCAAAAUUCCAAUUCUGGGAAACUCUGACCUAACUAUUAUCCGAACUUCGAGUAUAUUUGGACAGAAACUUGCUUCUGUAUCGAACGAACAUUCCCGCAUUGAGAAAACUCAGACUAAAUCAAGAAAUAUAUUCUGCAAAGUUCAAAGUGUAAUUGCGAUUCUUUUCGGCCCGAAGAAUGGUUUGAAUAAAAAGGAAGCACAACAAACUGACCAUUAG